UCCGUGGGGCUCUACCGUAGCAGAAGGCCUCCGGGAUGACUCAGACCGUGACUGUGGCGCGACGGCGGGGGCCUGCCGGGCCCCGGGCCCGCAGGGACAUGGCCCCCAACCGUGCCUUCGAUUUCCUCUACGAUCCAUUGCACAUGCUUUCAAGUGAGAGAGACCAUGCACAAGCCACUGUCAAGGCUCAUCUGCUGAACGAUGAAAUGAAAAAGUUGCCAGUGUUUAAAGCGAUGUUUAGUAACCUGGUCCACUACCCACCGUACACGAUGAAAUUGGAAGAGAAAAAUCCUGUUCCCCCCUUCAUUGACCGAAGGUGGAGAGGAAGGGUGCAGCAGCACCUGGAAGCUCUUCAGAAGCUUGCUGUAUCUCAGCCUUCCCUUCAGAUUCCCAGAAUUGAGUAUGAAGAUCCUGAAGUCAGUGGAAGGAAUCGCUGGAAGUACUUCGAACGACCUUUCCUUCCAUUUCAUAAGCAGAUUCCCCUGAACAUUGUUUAUGCAAUGGCCAAGCCAGAGCCGUACCUCCUUCGUGCGAUGCCCAGUGAGAAGCCUGCCUAUCUUGCUUCGCAAACUGUGGGGACACAGACUGACUACCGGGACAGUGAAGCGCAGACGGAUCCCUACAGCCCCGAGUAUGUGGUGUCUUCAGGAUCGAUCCCGGAGUUACUAACCCUCGCCACUCUAACCUGGGGUCGGGGCCUUCCAGCAACCCAGGCAGAGGUGGAGGUGAUUGAACGGGCGCGAGAGAAACGUGCCUGGGAGGCGACUCUUCCGCCUCUGAAUGAUGCUUUGCACGUGGCCAAAAGGAGGAGGAUGAUGGAGGAAAUGGAGAGGAACGAGUGGGCCUUUCGAGAGGAAGAAAUAGAAGAGUUGCAAGAAGUUAGACUAGAACUUUUAAAGGCUCUGCUGAGGAAGCGGGAAGAGAACCGCAACGAAUUGGAUGUCAGUCGCUUGGACCAUCAUUGGUUUAACCUCAUGCAAGAGAAAGAAGCGAAAGUGAGAAAGAUUCGCCAUGAACAUACGAAAGCCAUCAGAAGACUAAUAGCCAAGGGGAAGAAUGUGGAAAGAAAACUGGAGAAGAGGAGCGUGAUCAAGGAGUACACGGACCAUGAAUCACAGACUUACGCUCCUCUGUCUAGAAUUGGUUACUUUCCAGACAACCAUGCUGACCGUUAUGUAGUGAAGAAUCCCUAUCUCAACACUUACGAUGGACUCCUUGAGCUGGAGUCAUCUCUCCCUGAUUCCAUCGUCCAGCCCCGAAUGGAAGCUCCAAAACCCCGAAGCACCACCACCAAGGACGGGUUUACAAAACGGAGUGCUCGUCUGGAGAUGGAACUGGCACAAGUUUACCAGAUCCUGCAAGACAAGAAGACCCAAGUUAAGGAACCAAGGAAGCCACUUUUCUUCCUUCAGAAGGUAUCAAAGUUGAUUGGUUGUUCUACAACUCCAGCAUUGGAAAUACCUUCACUGAUCGAUGAAGAGAGAGACUUAGCCGUGAUUACACUGCAGAAGUUAAUCCGCGGCAGAGCUGUCCAGAAUAUGAUGUUUGAAGGGAAGGAGAAGCGACUGGAAUUGAUCCAGGAGCUGCGUACGACUCACGCUCUCCAGGAGGACGGGCAGCUCUUGAAAAAAGCAGAGAAGCAAGUGACGUUGGCGUUGCAGCGGCAGCGAGAUCUGCACGAGCACAAGCUGUCCCUGGUAGAAAAGCAUUUGGCUCGGGUGGAAGGCAGAGCCAUUGCAAACUUGUUGGACUUCCUGUCCAAAGAGCUAAUCAGGCUCCAGGAAGAGCGGCGGAUCCAUGCUUUUGCCAUGCUAGCUGAAAGGCAACGGCGAAUGCGGGAAGCAGAGGAAAGCGGACGCCGCCAGGUGGAAGAAAGGCGCCGGCGGGAAGAGGAUGAAAUCUUCAAACAGGUUGUUAACGUACACCAAAGCACAGUUGACUCCUACCUAGAGGAUGUGAUUUUGAGCAGCAUGGAGACAACAGCUGAUGAACAAGCCAGAGAAGAAAUUCAGAAAGUGGCCGUGAAAAUUAAUGACGUCGCUUAUGAAAUGGAAGAACGCCAAACUCGCCUGCAGUCCGAAGAGAUCGUGGCAGAACUGGUUUAUCGCUUUCUGAUCCCCGAAGUGCAGAAAAUGGCCAUUAAGGAGAAAGUGAGGAAGGCCCAGAGGAAGCAUAUCCACGCUGCCCAUCAGAUCAUCCAUGGGAAUGCACCAACCGCCGUAGGAACCCUGUUUUCCACACCGGGGUUGAGUGAAGCGACUCAGGCUGGGGGUCCAGUCACUUCUGGCCCAGGUGGCCCCCAAGAAGCUCUGGAGGUGCCAGACGACCCGCCUGCUGCCCCAGCUGAGACGGAGCCAUCACACAGAGGACCCCAUUGCAAAGAUGCACGUGGGCAGGCCCCGGACAGUGUGGACAGCGAGGGCAGAUAAGGUAAGCCCCCAGAGCCUGUGUGAAAGAAGACUCCUUUGCCUGUCAAAAAGAACCCGUGCUUCAGGCAGAAGGACAUUGGCAAGGACACUCUCCUAGUCCUGGCUCACGAUUUUAAAAAUCCCACUUAAGAAGAGCUGCUGUGUUGCAGCAGCAACGUGCGACAAACGGGGGUAUUGCAUGAAGCCCUGAAACAAACCAGCGCUAUGUUGUCUCGGUCAGACCUCUGUCAAGAUGCUCGGAAGGAGGUAGUCCACCUGCCCCUUCAGAACACGUAACGCCUUUCCCUGCAGCCUUCGGUUUGCAGCUCAAAACACAUUGAUGACUUCUGUGUACGAAGAAAUAAAGGCAAACUGGUUAGGAA